GAGAAGUCGUCCUUCGCAGACCACGAGAGCAUCACAUUUUGAGUUGAUAAGAAAUCUAAGCUGCCGACAACAUGGCUGUGACUCUGUGUGGCUGGAGUGGAUGGCUGUGUCGUUUCGCACUGCUACUCGCGCUCUGCCAUUCUGUUUCAUACGCGAGAAAGAGAAAAAUGAGGCUGGAGGCUGAAGAGGAAGAAGAGGAGACCAGCAUUCGCCUACCGACCGAGCUGCGGCCCGUGCAUUACGUGGUGAGGCUGCAUCCCCUGCUGCACGGCAACCAAACCAUCAUAGGGCGCCUGGAGGUCGAGUUGGAGGUCCUGAAGGCGACCUCCCGCGUGGUGUUUCACCUCGUCGACAUCGAUGUUAUAGAAGAGAGCGUUAGGGUCACCCUCAUGAGCAAGCGUCGGACGCUGCCUGUGAAGCGACAGCGCUACGAUUCCGAGUACCAGCAAUACACCGUCCAUCUCCGUCGCCGCCUUCGUCAGGGGAACACAUAUCUCCUUUCCCUGCAUUUCCACAGCAUGCUAGGGAACGCGACCAAGGGUUUCUUUGUGACAUCAUACAAAGACAAGGAAGGAAAUGAGAGAAAAGUGGCGGCCACGCAGUUCUGGCCAGCGGACGCGCGCCGGGCCUUCCCCUGCUUCGACGAGCCUGAAAUGAAGGCCACUUUCGACGUGUACUUGGCGCGCGAAGCCAACAUGACCGCGAUCUCCAACAUGCCGCUCGUCAGGACCACCCCCAUGCACGGUUGGCAGGGUUGGGUCUGGGACCAGUUCGCGACCAGCUUCAACAUGUCCACGUACCUCGUCGCCUUCGUCAUCUCCGACUAUCGACGCCGCGCCCUUGAUAGCGGGGGAAAGACGCGGCUAGAAGCCUGGACCCGACGAGACGCACUUGAGCAAACCGGCCUCGCGCUUACGGUGGCCAAUUACAGUCUCCACUUCUUCGAGAAUUACUUCAACCUGUCGUAUCCGCUCCGGAAGAUGGACUUGGUGGCCCUUCCCGAGACCUCCUUCAGUGCCAUGGAAAACUGGGGUCUCAUUACGUGCAGAGAGUCCCUCUUCCUGAUCGACCCCGCUAACUCCUCGGCGACUCAGCAGAGAAACUUGGCCCGCCUCAUAACUCACGAGAUGGCCCACCAGUGGUUCGGAAACCUCGUCACGCCCAAGUGGUGGACAGACCUCUGGCUCAGCGAGGGUUUCGCGACCUACAUGGCCAAUGUGGCCAUUGAUCAGCUGGAGCCCGGGUGGGGUUUGGUGGACGGGUUCGUGGUGGACCAGCAGCAGUACAUCAUGCACCACGACGGCCUCCGCUCUUCGCACCCCGUGAGCGACGCCAUCCCCAGCCCGGCCUUUAUCUAUGAUGUGUUCGAUGAGAUCCCGUACAAUAAAGGAGCGUCAAUUAUCCGGAUGAUGCAACACUUCCUGACCGAAGAGACGUUCCAGAAGGGGCUGACCAGCUAUCUUUCCACGCUGAAAUACGCCAACGCAAACCAAGACGAUCUUUGGCACUUCAUGACAGAAGCCUACCUGGAGGACAACUCUCUCCCGUCAGAUGUAACAGUGAAAACCAUAAUGGACACGUGGACGCUGCAGGAGGGUUACCCAGUGGUCACUGUCACCACCGACCACAACGGCAAUGCGAAACUAACACAGAAACGGUUCCUGACCUUAGGCGACGAGAAGGAGGAAGAUCUUUCGUACAAGUGGUGGGUCCCAGUCACCUUCACCAGUCAGAAGCGGCCGUUCUUCCGCCACACACGAGCUCAAACCUGGCUCAGCAGUCACGCCGACCAUGUCACAGUCACGGGUCUUCCGCCGCCGCAGUUCUGGCACAUUUUCAACCUUCAGAUGACCGGGUACUACCGCGUGAACUACAACGACUACAACUGGAACCUGUUGGCUCUACAGCUGCAGGAGGACCACGAGGUCAUCCACGUCACCAACAGAGCGCAGAUUAUCGACGACGCCCUCGCCCUCGCCAGAGCAGGUCUGCUUUCCUACAAAACUGCCCUUAACACUACGAUGUACCUCCAAGCAGAAGAGAGCUACGUGGCUUGGCAGGCGGCCUUUAGAAACAUGCAGUUCAUCUGUGAUAUGUUUCGGUAUUCGGCUUCCUAUGGCGCUCUUAAGGAAUAUUUCCUCUCCCUCUUGAAGCCUCUCUACGACACACUGGGCUUCAAACAAGACCCCGAGGCCGACCUACAGACCCAGCUGCUUCGCCAGGAGGUGGUGACGUGGGCCUGUCUGCUUCAGGACAGCCACUGCGUCAACACCUCAGCCAUUCUCUUCCGACGCUGGAUGGAAGGAAAGGAAGGCUUCCGGAGGGGCGUGGCCAUUGAGUUCGCCACGCCCGUCUACUGUACCGCCCUGUCCAGGGGCAUCGAGAGGGAGUGGGAGUUCGCCUGGAGAAGAUUCCGCAUCGCAAAAUCUCGGUUUCAACGCGAGGCUUUAGGGACCGCUUUAGGUUGCACGCCCCGGGGCUGGAUCCUUUCGAUGUUUCUCGAGGAGGCCCUGGGCGGCGGCUCGGGCCUGCGGCGCCGGGACCUGCCGCUGGCGUUCAAGGCGGUGGCGCGGUCGGAGGUGGGCAGCUUCGUGGCCUGGCAGUUCCUCCGCGAGAACUGGCGCGAACUCAGACAACUAGAUCUGGUCGACAUUUCCAGCCUGUCCGAAAUGGUGCUGACUGCCAUAAAAUACUUCAAUAAUGAGCAACAGCUCGAACAGGUGAAGCAGCUCCUCGAGGACACGCCAGCCGACCAGGAACCCGUGACGAAGGUCCUCCGGCAGGCGGCGGAGACGGUCGAGAGGAACGUGUUAUGGAAGAGUAAACAUUUCGAAGAGAUUAACGAGUGGCUGGAGGAACGGGGGUUUUCGUAUGCUUUUAGUGAAUUUUAAUUACGUGUUAGGGUUUAUUUGUUGUUGUUUUUUUAUUUUUUUUACUUGUUUUCCCAUACGAUUUCUCUUGUAUUUAACAUAUGUUUGUAUUUUUAACUUGUUUUUAUUUUCUACAGUUUGUAGACGUUUAGCCUACCGUCUUGGAGAUAAUUACUAACCAGUAAUGCUUUUAUACUUUUGUAAACAACCGUAUCUCUUCUCAAAGAGUGUCGAUAAAUUUAUGUAAACCAGUUAUAAAAAAAAGUGUAUUUUCAUUUUCCUCUCAUGUACACAUCAUUAUAUUUUUUUUUUUCAAGUCAGACAUCAGUUAGAAUUGGAAAGAGUGAUAAACUGAACGGUGAAGAUAAAGGUUAGAGCGAAAUACACUAGGAGGGUGAAGACAUUGUGUCGAUCAGUGUUGAAUGUAGCAAUGUUG